AUGCCAAAGGUACUAGGUAUUGGAACGGAUAUUCACAAAUUAAGUCGCUUUUUUGAUAUUUUGAAAAGAAAUGGGCCGCUAGACUCUUACAAAACUCAGCGGUUUAGUGAGCGCAUUCUCAAUCCUGUGUAUGAAUUACCUACAUUCAUAGAAUACAAGAGCAAGCAUGAUAUAGAGAGGUGUGCACGAAUUCUGUCAAUUUCAUGGUGUGUUAAGGAAGCUAUAUUCAAGACAUUGGAUGGAGAAGAUCAAUCUAAUUUUGUUAUGAGUGAUUGGUAUAAAACGAACGACUUAAGAGGGCGUCCUCAAGUUGGAAAUGAUAAAUAUUUGAAAAUAAAGCAGGAAGAGUUUUUAUGUAGCUUAAGUCACGACGGUAAUUUGGUCUCCUCGUUUAUUAUAAGGCAGUCAAAACCCUCAGUGACUAAUUGCUGGAAUGGAAAGCAAUGUAAUGAUUAA